AUGGCUGACUUCGCGGCUGGUGCGUGUUCCCGUACCGUCGUCGAUGUAGGCGCAUGGAGACCACCGGGUACCGAAGCCUGUAAGAGGCUAUCAGCCAACGAGCCGGGUUUGGAGAGUUCAAUGGAGCAAGGGAGACAGAAAGCCUUCUGGGUAUCUAAGCCUGAGCAUGCGUGUUUGGGCUUCCCCAUAAUAUUCGCGCACAGCGAGGCGGACGCACUUGAUUGGCAAGCUCUCUUUGACGAGCGCUAUCUCAAGUACACCGUCGUUUCAAGCCUGAGCGAGCUUGAUAUAUUGAUAUGGCGUGGCAUAUCCAUAUGGUUAGGUGGAUUACCGGUCGGUGCAAAGCUAAUCUGUCCCGCCUCUUUUGGAGGCAGCAAGGUUGCUGACCUUGCCGUGCCCGACGGGCGGGUAAGUGGUACACAUGCUGAGACCUACACGAAAUGGCGCUUGAUGCCUCUCGACCUUAUGGAGAAAGAGUGGGGAUUGUUAGUACGAAUUAGAAGGAAAGAAAAAGAGGAAGUGAUAGAAAUCUCGGCGGUUUGGUUCGUUCUCCCUGUGGAGUUCCAACUUUUUAAGGUUGUGGGGCUUAACUAG